AGUGCGUACUGUAUUGUAGCCACUCUAUGCCAUCAUAACCAUCAUGGACACUUGUCUCGCUCAGGAUUUGCAUUCAAAUAUGGUACCCGUGACAGGAUCAGCCACGUCUCACAUGCUUCAUCAUGUGCAAUGGCGGGAAUGGGAAACAGCAUCCAGAGCAAUAGCUACUUCCGGAAACUUGAGAGCGCCAAUACCAGCAUGACCAAGUCGCCCGUAGGAAG